AUGUAUCGAGUAAAAUAUUUAUUAAGUUUAUCGGUUCGUUUUCAUUCAACAUUAGCAUCAAAAUUUAAUCCAUGGCAUGAUUAUCGUGCCUAUUUGGAUCAAGUUAAAACAUAUAUAAAUCGUUUAAAUCCAUAUAUUGAACUCGAUCUUCGUUCAGCUGCACUCAAUUGGGAUUAUAUAUUAAAUAAUGAAAACACACAAGCAAUAGCAGAUAAUAUAAAAAAACGAAAAGAAAAUGAAUUUGUGGAUAUUGAACAUAUUCUUACACUUCAUCGUGAUAUACAAAAUUUAUUUCAUCGUAUUGAAGAAAAAAAACUUGAUUCAAUACAAGGCGAAGAUCAAAUUAAACUUAAAAUUCAAGAUUUAUAUAAUUAUGCAUUAAAAAUACCGAAUAAAACACAUCCGGAUGUCCCAAUUGGUGAUCAAGAACAAGCACGUACAGUUCGUGUUCAAGGAAAAAAACCAGAAACAAAUAUUUCUCGACAAACAAUUGAUCAAAUUGGUCAAGAAUUAAGUUUAAUGCAAUUAGAAAAUAUGGGUCAUGUAUCAUUUCGUGGAGCUUAUGCAUUAUUUGGUGAUUUUGCUCGUUUAGAAAGAGCUUUAAUGUAUUAUGCAUUUGAAAAACUUACGCAAAAUGGUUUUAAAAUGGUUUCUGUUCCUGAUAUUAUUCAUCGAGGCAUCAUUGAAUCAUGUGGAUUUUCAACUCGAGGUAAACGAUCACAAGUUUAUCAAUUAGAUUAUGGUGAAGAAUUUGGUCGAUAUUGUCUUGCUGGUACAGCUGAAAUGCCAUUAGCUGGUCUACUCAAACAUAAUACAUUUCGUAAAGAUGAAUUACCACUUAAGUAA